AUGUACACUGGUCAGCCCAAAGACUCAACAGAAAAUGAUGUCAGCUCCCUUUACACUUCCAUUCCACAUGCUGACGGCCUUAAAGCCAUCCGUUACUUUUUUGAUAUACCAGAAAACAAACACAAAUCUAUAUCCACUGACAUUCUAGUUCGCCUCACGGAGCUUGUACUAAAUCUCAACUCCUUCGAGUUUAAUGGGCAAUUUUUCGACCAAAUCAGCGGAGUAGCUAUGGGUACGGCAUUCGGUCCAUCUUAUGCUUGCCUAUUUAUGGGCUUUUUAGAACUCAACAUUUGUUCAUCCUACACGGGCCCCAUGCCCGAAUUUUAUAGGAGAUACAUUGAUGAUGGGCUAGGCAUAACAUCUCUGACAGAGAAUGAUCUUAUCAAAUUUAUUGAGUUCACUAACAACUUCAACCCCGCCAUUCGUUUCACUUACACCAUUUCCAGAACUAGAGUGAACUUCUUAGACAUAGAAAUAAACGUAACCCAAAAUUCUCUGUUUACAUCCUGCCAUUACAAAGACACUGACAGCCAUAACUAUCUUCUAUACUCGUCAUCCCAUCCACCAUCCUGUAAAGAUUCUAUCCCCUACUCCCAACUUCUACGUAUCCGCCGCCUUUGCCAAGAUGACAAUGACUUCACGGAAAAAGCAACUGAAAUGAUAGAGUUUUUCUUGCGUCGUGGCUACCCUCAAGCUAUUUUAGACAAAGCCUUAUCGCGAGUGGAGAAUCUUAAAAGAGAACAAGCUUUCAAGAAAAAAACGACAUCUAGCAAUGAUGAGAGGCCCAAAUUGAUAUUAACCUACCACCCUCACAAUGUGAAAGCAAAAAACAUCUUUCUCAAAAACCUGAACAUUCUCCAAGCCGAUGAACAUACUCGCGACGUCUUUUCAUCCCCACCUCUUGUAGUAUUCAGGCGAGACCAAAACCUACAAGACAUAUUAGUACACACUAAACUCCACAACAUUUCAAGUGAACCUGGCACUUGGCCAUGUAAGCGACGUAAUUGUCAGACCUGCAAACACACACUCGCCACCCCCACCGUCACCUGUCCUAAAAUGACCAUCAAGAUCAGUGGCAAAUUUAACUGUUUCUCUGUCAACUUCAAGUGGUUAAAUGUUGCGUAUACAUGGCUGUGUGGUAUGCGCUUCAAGCUGUCGUCACGGCGGUUCUGGAUUUGA